AGGGUCCCUGGGAAUUGUAGUUCUCUGUCCUGGUCUCUGGGGCGAGUUCGCCUCCUGCGCUGUGUCUUCUGUCCGUAAGGCAGCGGAACAUGGCCGGAAGCUGGCUGCGGGCGGCCCCGCGGACUCUGCUGCGACUCGCGGCCCCCGGCGCCCACGUCCCGGGCAGAGGCUGGACAUGUACCUUCAACACAGCUGCCCAGAGUAGUGCUGGAGAGGACUGCGGCUCUUCUGAGCCUCCUGCUGAGCCAGACCCCUUAUUGGCCGAAGAAGCUCUGGAACACAAAGCCCUUAGACUGCAGAAGGAAGUCCAGGAUUUAACUGAAAGAUACCAGCAAGCUCUAGCUGAUUCUGAACACGUACGGAGGCGCACACAGAAAUUUGUGGAAGACGCCAAGAUAUUUGGGAUCCAGAGUUUCUGCAAAGAUUUGGUAGAGAUCGCAGAUAUCUUGGAGAGCGCCACCAAGCAUAGCUCUGGGGAAGUGGAGCCGGGGGACCAGAAGCCAACCCUCAAGAAGGUCUUCGAAGGACUCUCUCUCCUCCAGGCUAAGCUGCAGAGUGUGUUUGCUAAGCAUGGCCUGGAGAAAAUGACCCCCCUUGGGGACAAGUAUGACCCAUAUGACCAUGAGAUCGUUUGUCACAUACCAGCUGAUGGAGUGCAGCCAGGCACGGUGACACUUGUCACCCAGGAUGGCUACAAACUUCAUGGGCGAACCAUCAGACCUGCCCAAGUGGGCGUGGCUGUUGAGACACAGGAAUGAUGGGGUCUGGGACCAGGGUAAAUUAACAUUCGUCUUGCACAGAACACAGCUCCUUGGGUUUCCUUUAUUUAUUACACAGAUUUGUAUUGUAAUUGGGAUAUUUUGCCUGAUCUAUUUUAAGUUUAAUCUAUAUAGUGGAAAAAACAUAUUCUUGAUUUUCAUUAAGAGUCAGAAGACAUGCAUUUUCAUUUUAAUUCUGACAUGUAAAGCUCUGUGACAAUGAUGAGUCAUGUUACUUCAGAGCUAUAAAAUGAGGGGUUUACACUAAACAAUUUCUAAGGUACUUUGAGUCUUUAAUCUUAUGAUCAUAUGAUUAUUAGUUCAAUAUUAUGACUUUAGUUGCUUUAAUGUAACCUUUCCUUUGACUUCAUCAGAAGCCCUGUCAUUGGCCUUCUUUAAAAUGUAUGUUGGAGAAAGUUAUUUAUUAAUAAUGGUACCCUGGUGUCUUUUAGGUGGAAAGAUAAAACAAAGUAUACUAUGGUAUGUGUUUAUAAUUGAUUUUAAUUCUGUGAUAUGUUCCACUCCCACCCUUUCCCACUUCCCUAUAUUCCUUAAUAGCAAUUCAGAAUUACCUUAAUAGAAAGUAUACUGGGCCAGGAA